ACAGAACAGACCUGUUGCAUUUGCAUUCAGCCGCUUGACUUGUGCAGGCAGCUUACAGCUGUAUCCAGGAGCUGAGCAAGUUUCCCUCUGUGGUUUACAGCUGUGCCACACACUCAAUGAUCACAAUGGUGUCCUCUGCUCCAAGCCAGACCCAGACAGACCACGAGAGAUCAUGAAGAUUUGAAGACUGUAUAUUCCUAUUUGCGCUUUCUGGACUGUGACAUUCCCCUUUCUGCAUACAGUGUAAUAGUUUUAUGAGGAGUAGACGUGGGAGCCAGUCCUAGGAAGGAAGAGCAAAUGAGGUUGAAGUGGACUGGUGACGACAAGAUGGCCUCUGGGGUUCUGUCGGUGUUGGUAAUAAUUUCGCUGACUGUUAAAUGUUCAACAUAUCAGGCUGCAGCUGAACAGGAGCAAGGCGCAUACUUCCUUCCUGAAUUUGCCCUUUCUCCUCAAGGGAGUUUCCUUGAAGACACAACCGGGGAGCAGUUUCUAACAUACCGCUACGAUGAUCAGACUUCCAGAAUUACACGUUCCGAUAAUGAGAAAGACAGCGGAUGGGAUGCUUGGGGCAACUGGAGUGACUGUUCUCGUACCUGUGGUGGGGGGGCAUCCUACUCUUUACGGAGAUGCUUGAACGGCCGGAGCUGUGAAGGCCGGAACAUUCGUUACAGAACAUGCAGCAAUAAUGACUGUCCUUCUGAAGUUGGGGACUUCAGGGCCCAGCAGUGCUCAGCUCACAAUGAUGUCAAGUACCAGGGACAGUAUUAUGAGUGGCAUCCAGUCUACAAUGAUGCCACUGCUCCGUGUGCACUCAAGUGUCAAGCUGUGGGGAAGAACGUGGUCGUGGAGCUCGCUCCUAAAGUCCUCGAUGGUACACGGUGUAACACAGAGUCUCCAGAUAUGUGUAUCAGUGGUAUCUGCCAGGCUGUGGGCUGUGAUCGGCAGCUUGGGAGCAACGCCAAAGAAGACAAUUGUGGAGUGUGUGCCGGAGAUGGCUCUACGUGCAGGCUGGUGAGGGGACAAUCCAAAACCCAUAUGUCCCCUGAAAAAAGAGAAGAGACAGUAAUUGCUGUACCGCAUGGAAGCCGCAGCGUGAGAAUCACACUGAAGGGACCAGCUCACAUUUUUGUAGAGACAAAAACCUUGCAAGGUGACAGUGCAGAGCACAUCUUUACUAAUGCCGGGACAUACACUCUGGAAAACACAACAGUAGAAUUUCAAAAGGGAUCAGAAAGGGAAGUUUUAAAGAUGCCUGGGCCACUGCGUGCAGAUUUCAUCAUUAAGACGAAGUACGUUUCUCCUAAAGAUAGCGUGGUACAGUUUUUUUUCUACCAACCCAUUAGUCACCAGUGGAGGCAGACAGACUUCUUUCCGUGCACUGUAACCUGUGGGGGAGGUUAUCAGCUAAAUUCAGCAGAAUGUGUCGAUAUGCGAUUUAAUCGAACUGUCCCGGAUCACUAUUGUCAUCAUUAUCCAGAAAACAAGAAGCCUAAACCUAAGCUGAAGGAGUGCAAUAUGGAUCCCUGUCCAUCUAGUGAUGGGUUUAAGGAGAUAAUGCCCUACGACCAUUUCCAGCCUCUCCCACGGUGGGAGCAUAAUCCAUGGACAGCAUGCUCGGUUUCCUGUGGCGGGGGUAUUCAGAGACGUAGCAUUGUGUGUGUAGAAGAAACAAUGCAUGGAGAGAUAUUGCAGGUGGAGGAAUGGAAGUGCAUGUAUGCUCCCAAACCAGCUGUCAUGCAGACCUGUAACCUCUUUGACUGCCCCAAGUGGAUGGCUAUGGAAUGGUCACAGUGUACAGUGACGUGUGGACGAGGCUUACGCUAUAGAGUAGUGUUAUGCAAUGACCAUCGGGGACAGCACACCGGAGGCUGCAACCCUCAGCUAAAGCCACAUAUAAAGGAGGAAUGCAUUGUGCCUGUACCAUGUUUUAAACCCAGAGAAAAGUUCCCUGUGGAAGCAAAACAUCCGUGGCUGAAACAAGCGCAGGAACUAGAGGAGCCUAGAACAGCAUCAGAUCAGCCAACGUUUAUCCCAGAAGCCUGGUCACCUUGUAGUGCCACUUGUGGUCGAGGCGUACAGGUGAGGGAAGUCAAGUGCCGUAUUCUGCUGACAUUUACUCAGACUGAGCUGGAACUGCCAGAAGAGGAAUGUGAGGAGGAAAAACCGAUUAUGGAAAGAACUUGCCAUCUUCUGCCAUGUCAUGGGGAUACAGUGGAUCAAGUAUUAGAACUUCCACCACAGGAGGAGGAUUCAGCUGAGAUGUAUGACUGGGAAUAUAUUGGCUUCACAUCCUGCUCUAGCUCUUGUUCAGGAGGAAGACAAGAAGCCAUAGCAGCCUGCCUUCACAUCCAGACUAAGCGAGCCGUGAACAAUUCCCUCUGUGACAGCUCCAUGCGCCCCCCUGCAAUGACGAGAGUGUGCAAUACCAAACUGUGCCCCCCAAGGUGGCAGAUUGGGUCCUGGAGUCAGUGCUCUGCUACAUGUGGGGUUGGAAUACAAACAAGAGAUGUGCAUUGUUCCAGCCUGACUGAGUCUAGUAACAAUUAUGAGCAGGCGUGUGAUGGUGAAAAGCCUUCAGCCUUGCAGCCUUGCAACCAGAUCGAUUGCCCUCCUGCUUGGCAUGUAGAGGACUGGCAACAGUGUUCUCGGAUGUGUGGAGGAGGUGUCCAAAACCGCAAAGUGAGCUGCAAACAGUUGUUGGCAGAUGGGAGCUUUAUGAAGCUUUCUGAAGAACUGUGCCAGAUGCAAAAGCCGGCUAGUCAGAAACCUUGUGGUAAAGUUGAUUGCCCCCUACAGUUAACGACGGGAGAAUGGUCCAAGUGCUCCGUGAGAUGUGGUGUUGGAGUCCAGAGGAGGACGCUGGUUUGCCGGAAGAUAACGUCUAAGGGACAAAUCGUUAUUGUGAAUAAAUCCCUAUGUCAUGGACUUCCUGUCCCAGCACUUGUUAGAGCGUGUCGCGUGGGGGCAUGCCACAAAAACAAGCAGCAUACGUCAAACAAAGAAGACCGUUUUGGGCCUCCAGAAAUUCUCAGCGUCCAUCGUGUUUACAUUCAGACCAGACAAGAAAAACGCAUUAAUUUUACUAUUGGAAGCAGAGCAUAUUUACUUCCCAAAACAUCUGUUAUGAUAAAAUGUCCUGUACGCCGCUUCCAAAAGUCACUUAUUAAAUGGGAAAAAAACGGACAGCCUGUGAGACAUUCCAAGAAACAUGGGGUAACAAAGUCAGGUUCGUUGAAGAUUCAUAACCUGGAAGUGCAGGAUAUUGGAGUAUACAAGUGCAUUGCAAACUCUGUGUAUGAAACAUUUGUUCUCAAACUGAUAGGCACUGAUAAUAGACUCCUGGAGCCACCAAGCUUUCAAAAAGACCCCAAUGAAGCACACAAUUUGGGAGAAAAGUGGCAUAAAAUGAGCAAGAUGUGGAAGUCAUGGAAUAAAAACAAUAAUUUAUAUCUUGAAGACAGCCAGGCCCAGGAUGUGAUGGUCUUAAGGAACCUUGAAACUCUUGUGACAAACUCUGCGGAGAUCUAUGGUUCCCAAGAGUUUAGGGACCGGAGGAUGGAGGCUGCAGUGCUACAAGGAGCUUACAGUAUGGACAGUGUCCAGUUUGAGGCUCUGGUUAGGAACAUGAGUGAACUCAUUGAGGCUGGUGAAAUUAGUGAUGAUUUUGCAAGUCAGAUAAUUUCCCAUGUAGUGAAUGAGUUGUCUAAACCACAAUCACCCGUGGAAAAGUGGAAGGGACCCAAUGAAGAUAAUUUAUCAGACCAUAAGUUGGUUGCAAAAGAACCAAAUACAUCAGUGUUUUUAAGUAAUAAAGCCACAGAAAAGGAUAAUCGAAAGCGACUACUCAUCAUUCGCAAAAAAAAGAAUGGUUAUAUAUUGUCUCCUAACAGGACCCUGCAUUUGAUCAUUGGGAGUAAUGGCUUCAUCACUAAUAAUACCCACAUCAUUACCAUUCAGUGUGACGUUGAUGAUGAAGUUAAGACGAAAUUCACUUGGAGUAGGGAAGGAGAAGCUUUGAAGCUCUCUGACAGGAUUUUCCUGGAAAACAGCAAAAAAUUGCAUAUACAUAGCCCUACAGUAGAAGACAUGGGUGCGUAUCAAUGUGAAGCUGUUAAUGAACGAGGAUCUGAUGUGGAAACAUCACACUUAUAUCUCGCAGAAGCACCUAUCAUCCAAUCCUCCAGAAGGAAUAUCACCAGACUGGAUGGGGGUAACAUUUUGGCCAUCGUGGGUGACACUUUGGUGACAAGAACAAGAGUGAAUAUUACACUGGAAUGCCCCGUGAAAGGUUUCCCUAAUCCCAAACUAACAUGGCUGAAGAAAGACUACCCCAUGCCAAACAAUUCAUUUGUGCUUUCAAAUGGAUCUCUUCUGCUGACAAACAUCACAGCUGAGGAUGAAGGGAUGUACACUUGCAUUGCAACAAACGCUCUUGGAAAAACAGUAGCAAUGUCUGUUGUGCAACUAUCUGGUAACAAAGCCCAUAACUAUACAGAGGAACAGUCCCGAAAAGGAAAACGUCGAGUUCUGAUGGCGUCUUCAUUAGGAACUAGCAUUGUGGGUAAACUCGGGGACCUCUUACGUAUUGGUUGUCCUGUGCAAACGAGCCAUCAGAACACAAUUCACUGGUUUCUAAGGAAACAACCAAUAGAAGGCAUUAACAACCUAAAAUACCGUGUUUUGGUGUCUGGACGAGUUCUGGAAAUAAAUAACUUAUCUGAGCAUAGUACUGGAGAAUACAGAUGUUGGACUUCAAGUGAUUCAAGGAUUGUGUCUGCCUGGGUGAAUGUAUCUGUAGAAGACUAUAGGCUGGAUUAUGGUGAAUGGACUUCUUGCACAGCUACGUGUGGAAAUAUGGGUUCUCAGUUUAGAACACAGCAUUGUCUGAACUCCGAGGGACACCGUGUGAAUAAUUCACUGUGUGAACAUCUUGGACCAUUAGUGGCAAAUUCUCAGCCUUGCAAUAUAAAAGACUGCCCAAUAAGAUGGACAAAAGGAUCGUGGUCUGAGUGUUCAGCCUCUUGCGGCUCAGGGUUCCAGAAGAGGCAAGUGGCUUGCCAGCAGAUUAUGACAGAUGGUGCCGUAAAAGAGCUGCCUUUACAUUCCUGCGGAUUCACUGAGCGCCCAGCGGCACAGAAACCAUGUGCUGUCGAUACCUGUAUGGACUGGAUUCCUCAGCCAUGGGGACAGUGUGUUAAUCGUUGCACCGGACAAGGAAUGGGCUUACAGCAUCGGCACAUCCUGUGUCAGCACCGGAAUGGGACCACUGUGCCAGACAUUCACUGUGACAGAAGGAAGAGGCCAGCUUCCAGAAGGAACUGUUCUUCAGAGAUGUGCGAUGUGUACUGGAAAACAGGGAACUGGAGACCAUGCUCUGCUGCCUGUGGAAGUGGCUUUCAGUCUCGGAAAGUAGAAUGUGUACAUAGGAAGAACGGAAUGGUCUUGGCUGAUCAAUACUGCGUAUGGAAACGGAGGCCCUCAACUUGGCAGCACUGCAAUAUUACGUCCUGUGGAAAAGGAGAAUGCAAGGACACAACUCACUACUGUACAUUUGUAAAACAGCUUAAGCUUUGCUUAGUAGAGCUCUACAAACAGAGGUGUUGUGAAUCGUGUAAUGGAGCAUAACUUCUCCUGAAAACCGUAUUCUGCGGUAAACUGAAGAGAUGAGAAGGAGCCACCAAAAACUGUAUAAAGUGUGUACAUUUAAGUUUAAUAUUUAGAUAUUAAGGUCUAUUCAAUGGAACAUCCCUAACUGCUGCCCCCCCCACCCAAAAAAAAAAAAAUGGUGGAGUUUUCUUUUCAUCAAGUGCCGUGCCCUGAUGCAUCAUUUUGAUUUGCUAAGACGUUUUUCCCCACAGAUAGAGAGAUCCCUGAGCCUGUUCCAACCUCAGAACAAAAGGGAACAAAUUUAAGGAGAAUCUUUGUGCAACGUUUAUGUUUCAGUUAGAUUUCUAUUUAGAUGAACCAACAUCCGACUCCAUUUGAUUUUUUUUCUAGCUAAAUGUGUUGCUAGUAUAACAUACUACAAAAUUGUGGAAUUAUUUGUUUUAUGCAGAAUUAGGGAUUUCCAUUGAAUAGAGUUAUGAGAAGAGGACAGAAGUUAUUUGACGCUACAUCAAAGCUUAAUUUGAUGGAUAGAGAAAUGUUAUAGCAAGUUGAUGAGCUAAAUGUCAUAGCCUGCGAGAAGCUGGAAGUGCCGGACUAUGUGCAAGAAUGCCCAUAUUCUUAAAGUGGCAAUAAUUUGCAAGGGAAUACCAACCUAGUUUUUCCUUGUAAAGUAUUGCCGCUUUAAUAAUACGGGCAUUUUCGCACAAAGACCCACACCUCCGGCUUAUCGCAGGCUAUUACAUUUAGCCCAAUAUGUCAUCAGCUGGAUAACCAAAAUUCAAAGGCUCGGUGAAGGUUCAUAGCAGUAAACAUGCAGGUAUGGAUUCAAGGCUGUAUUACUGAGCAGUGUUCUGAUGUUGCCUUGUUUCAUCUAUGCAGUAGUUCUCUAGCUAUGGCUCAGUAAAUAUCAGUGUGAUCAGUGCAAAUCAGAAAUGUCAUUUUCAUUUUUGUCUAAUUGUACAUUUUAGAAAAUAAUAUUUUGUUAAAAAAACACAAAACAUUGUUCACUAUAAUAUAAUGAGGUGUCUAAGAAAGUCUAAUUCUUCAAGGUUUUACAUAUGCAAACAUUUUGCAAAGCUUUUAACAAAUAUGUAAUACAAUUUAAUUUUUUUUUAUUUGUAAAAAAAAAUAUAUUCCUUUUGGCAGUGGGUAUACAGCCCUGCCUCCCACUCAACAUCCUCUACUACCUGUAUAGCGGAGUACAAUAAUUCAUCAUAUGCAAGAUAUACCUAUAUGCUAAAUCUAGCACUACAUUAAAGUUACAUGCUGUAGUGCUGUUAUACUUAUGUGUGUGUGUGUAUGUGUGCAAGUCUAUCAGCAGCAGUAUUAAUGCUAUCAAUUGGUGCCAUGUCCUGCAGCAAUGAUUAGCACCGAACAGCAGCGAUAGUCGGAAAUCUUCUGUUGUUCUAUACAGUAUUUACAAUUAACUGUUUAUUUGCCAAAGGGACCGUGACUCUCAUCCUUUACCAUUAGAUUUUAGUAGGCUAAAGUAAACACUAGCUGUGACCACAUUAAGUAAUUCAGUUCCAUUUAGUGUAUAAUAUAUAUAUACAGUCUGACUAAUCCAUAUUUACUAUUAAAGGUGCUAGACCCUAAGUUAAGUUAAAUAUUUUUUAUAAAUAUUUUAAUAAAAGUCUAUCCCCAUAUAAUUAAAAAGUCAUGUUUAGUCACUACAUUAUACAUCAUUGGAUCUGUAUAUGAGCAGCAAGACGUCUAAUCAUGUUACCAAAGGACAAUUGCUCUCAUUUCAGGUUGCACAUAAUGGGGUCAUUCUGCACCAGUGAUUUGUGACCCCGGUCGGUCUGCUCAGCUGCCUAGUAGUGUUUUUGUUCCACAAUUGUAUGCAUAGGCCAGAACUGUGGCUCUUCCACUGAUACAAUGGUUGUCACCAGCUGAUGGAAGGGUUUGGGUGGUUUUGGGUAUGCUUAGCUGAUUGCACUCACAUGCAAAAAAUAUUUAAUUAUUAUUAUUAAAACUACAUAAAAGGAUCUCAAAGGUGCAUUUGCAUGGCCAUUCCUGGCUGUAGAUGAGGGCUCAUAGCUACUCCCUCCCUACAACAGGGCUGCUGGGGUCUCAUGACUUACAUGUAAUGGGACAUAUUUUGCAUCUUCCAGUCACACGUCUGUGGAAUAUCUAAAGUUUAAACACAAUUCACUGUAAUAAAAAGCUUCAAACACUCAAAAUGACAGCAUAGUAUAUACAGUCAGAUAAAACCUGAAAUGCUUAAUUAAAGAAGUGUGGAAUUCUUAAAUUGUUAUUAGGUUUCAUUGUUUCUACCUUGUGCGGUGUCACUCAUCAGAAUGUUUUUCCCAGGGUUGUUCCAGGAGCCAGUCAGUGGCUGUGCACAGUGACACAUGCAGACACAACAAGUCAGCACAUAAUGAAGCAUUUCUGUCUGCUCCUAAAGCACUAUUUUUGUUUAAGAAUCUUACAACUUGUAAAUGUGACAAAAGUCACCAAUGUGAACCAGAUAUUAAAGGGGAUGGAUAACUAUGACAGAAUCACAUGAUGUAAUGUAAUUGAUCAGGGUGCUCGGCAGCUUUGGGGCUUACCUGUCCAAUGAGGGCAUCACAUGAGUGGAUGACGGCCAAUCUGAUGAUCUUUACAUCCCCUCUUGUACCUCUUUGGGAAGUCUUUACAUCCCCACUGCUGCCGAGCUACCCAGCUGGCUGCAGUAAUCAAUGCCAGGGUAGACAAUGAGCUGCCCAUACCUGGAGUCAGUUAGGCUUUGAAAGACAAAAUUAACUACAAGGUGCUACAUAAUGUAGGCCCAAAUCCUGGCCAAGAAUUCAACAAGUACAAUAAGAUAUAAUAUUGAUCAAGACUGGCAGAAAAUGUGGUCUGAAGCUUCACUAUGUUCUGUAGGCCUGAUUCAUAGAUGUACGCAAAUGAUGAUGCAGCUGUGAUUUAGUACACAGCAGUGGCGUGCGGUGAGGUCAGUGGCUGGUGAGGCAAUGAAUCCCGCCGAUGACCCCUACCGCAGCCAAGCUGAUGCCUUCUACCGCCCCCAAGCCAAUGCCUGCUACUGCCAUCGCCCCUGAUGCCUGCUACUGCUAAAUGCUGCCACCACCGCUAAUGGCCUAUACAAUUGCCGCCAUCAAUUGCCCUUGCCGCCAUUUCACAUCUUAGUCCGAUGCCACCAACGCCAGCAGCAUGGCUGCUCACCAAACAGGUGGCUAAUAUGUUGUACAUUUUUAUAAAAUAAAAAACAAAUAUUAGUGUUUGGGACUGGGGAGGGAGUGGAAGGAGCACAUGAAUGCAAUUUUGUCCAUUGCUGCAGUAAUCCCGCGGGGUUGUGUCUAUGUUACCUUCGUGCUCAGGACCUGGAAGUGACAAAACGAGAGGGCAGGAGAGAACUUCCGCCCUUACAGCACUUAAAUGUUUUCUUCGUUCUCCGUUCGUUUGGGGUAAUUAUUUUUUUCUAUGCAGCAUUGAACCCUCCCGGGCUCGCUUCGCUCGCCGCGCUUCGUGCUCGGUGUCUCGCUUCGCUCGCCACCGUUUACUAUUCCAAAUAGAUUGUGGCAUUGACCCAGGGGGUUAUGGGAAAGGUCCUCUCCACGAAGGUAAACUAGACGCUACCAAUCCACCGUGGGCAAACGUAAGAGUUGCGAGGGGGGUUUCCGUGUGUGUUACACACACACAUAUAAAUUCUCCUCCCACCAUUUAACCCUAACACACACACCCCGUGCCCAGCCUACGUCUAACCUACCCCACCCCUGUAGCCUAACCCAAACCCUCCGCUGGUAUACUGACUGUUGGGAUCCCGACUGCAGGGAUCUUGACCGCAUCCCAGUAUAGGUCUAUUCCUAAUUUGGACUGCAGAAUGCCGCGUUCCCUACCACGCUUUGACUGCGGACUGUCUCCACACCGCACACACACUUUCACUGCAGAAUACACACACACACUCGGACUGUAGACUGUCGCAAUCCCACAUACAUACACAUUACACACACACUCAGACUGCCCUCACACACACACACACCUGGACUGUAGAUCACACACACACACACACACACACACACACACACACACACACACACACACACACACACAUUCUGUGACUGCAGGCUGCCCCCCUCCCCCAUACACACUAGGACAGUGCUGGUCACACACACACACACACACACACACACACACACACACACCUGGACUGUAGAUCACACACACACACACACACACACACACACACACAUUCUGUGACUGCAGGCUGCCCCCCUCCCCCAUACACACUAGGACAGUGCUGGUCACACACACACACAGACCUGGACUGUAGAUCACACACACACACACACACACACACACACACACACACACACACACACACACACACACACACACUGUGACUGCAGGCUGCCCUUCUCCCCCAUACAUACUAGGACAGUGCUGGUCACACACACACAUCUGGACUGUAGAUCACACACACACACACACACACACACACACACACACACACACAUAUACUGUGACUGCAGGCUGCCCCCCUCCCCCAUACACACUAGGACAGUGCUGGUCACACACACACACACACACACACACACUCUCUGUGACUGCAGGCUGCCCCCAACCACCAUACACACUAGGACAGUGCUGGUCACACACACACACACACACACACACACACACACACACACACACACACACUCUGUGACUGCAGGCUGCCCCCAUACACACUAGGACAGUGCUGGUCACACACACAAACACACACUGUGACUGCAGGCUGCGCCCCUCCCCCAUACACACUAGGACUGUGCUGAUCACACACACACACACACACACACACACACACACACACACACACACACACACACACACACACUGUGACUGCAAGCUGUCCCACUCCCCCAUACACACUAGGAAAGUGCUAGUCAUACACACUGUGACUGCAGUCUGCCCCCCCUCCCCCCACUCGUACUGCAGCUUAAACAAUGUGUCUGCAGACUGUCCCCCCCCCCCCCAUUCCCAACACACAAACUCUGCCUGCCCCACUCCCAUGCUAUAAGAGGAAGCUGGUACCUGUGUACUGGUGGCAGCUGUGCUGUCUUGAAGUCCGGAGUCUGGAGCUGAGGAGGAGGGCUGCCUGUUCCCCUGCUGCACUGCUCGGUACACAACACAUGGGGGCUGGGAAGAGCAGCCGAGGACAGCUCACAUUACAGCCCCAGCGUUCAGUGCCCAAUCACAUAAGAUCAGGGACAGGGGCGUGCUUUCAUAUGAGCUGACAGCACGCCCCUGUCACAGAGGCACUGCUAUUAGGUGCCGCUUCCAGGGUUUUUCUUCAUGAGUUUUUGCUGCACAAUGCUUGGCCCCGCCCCCCGCUUCCGGACUAUUCACACUGACAUCGGGAGGCACCAAGAGCAGUGCCUCCCACACACAUUAAGACAUGUUUAUACAUAGUAAAUUUAUAUAAAUGCUAAAGGAUUAACUAUUAAAAUAAUACUAAGAAGAUAUUCUGUGUCAUAAGUAUCUUCUUAGUAUUAUUUUAAUCAUUAUGACAGGGGAGGCACUGCCUCCCCUGCCUCCCCUGACUGCACGUCCCUGGUACACAGUGGCUAUGCAAAGAUAUGAAAAUAUUGUAGCUGCUGAAAUUUGUACUCAGACGACCACUGCUUGUGUACAAAGACAUCAGAUCGAUAAUCAAGCUUCUGCGUAAUACUGUGGUUGUGCAGCAUGGCCAUCGGAAACAAGACGCUGUAGCUAUUAUAACAGCAUAUGGGAUCACAGUUGCAAGCUGUGACUGGCCCCCCGAAGUGGCCACAACAUGCCUGUGUUUGAGUCACCGUUCCCCCGUCACCCCACACAAACGCUCCCUGCCUGUCAUUCACUUUACAGACAGAUCCUUACUGCGACCACUGCUACUAGACCAUCGCUGCACCUGUGCAGUGCGACAUAUACUAAUGUACAGUGGCAAAUAGUCACUCCACAGUGUAGGGCAGUGGCAUUGUGUACAUCUCUUAAUCAGGCACAUAGUCUGCAGCCAUUGGGUGAUAGAAAUUAUUCAGCUCUAUAGGACUUGUCUAUGUGACUCAGACCUCAAACAGUAGGAUUUGGGUGCUAUAUGCAGAGUGACCCUGUGUACCGAAGGACCCACUUUAAUAUGCUCAAAGUAUGGUAGUUAAAACAUAAGCUAUAAGAAUGUACAAGUGGUCACUUAUACUUUUUCAUCGAUGCCCCCCAAAAGAUUUCUAUUGAUGGUCAUAAUGGGUUGUCAGGGACAAAGGUGAUGUAUAUCAUACAGCUGGACCUUAUAAAGGUCACUAUAUCUAAAUUACAACACAUCUAUUCUGUGUAUUUUCUCCUGUAAUAGAGCUGUUUUCUAUUAUUGGUCUAAUCUGCCUUCAAUUUGUCCUUCAAGCCUAACCAUCAUGACAUCUGCUGUACAUGGAAUAUCCUUUCCCAAACUUAUUACAGACACUGACAUUUUGUCCAACUUCCUGAAACUUUUACUUCUAGCCGAGUAAGUGGUGCAGCAAUUCUAUUCUAUAACGAGACCUUCAUGUUAGGUUUAAUGGCCCAUUAAAGUUCCUCAAUACUGUGGUCUUUGAUCUGAGAUUCAGUUUAGUGCCUGUUGGUAAAGUUUAGAAUAUUCCUGAUCACAGAGUCACCUUUGUCUUUUCAACAAGUCCUCAAUAGGUAGAGUGUUUACUUGGCAAUCAAACCACUUUUUUUUUUUUUUAAAGAUAAAACUGCCUUUCAUAUGGCUUGUAUCACUGAAUGUUAGACGAGAACUACUGUAUACAAAUAUUCUAGUACAUUUGUCUUUUUAAUUAAUAAUGGGUCUUUAUUGUUAUUAGAGAUUUAUAAAUUAAGAAUUAAAGUUUGUAAAAUACUUUUUGUACAUAUUUAUGAUCUGAUUUCAAGUGCAAUAUUUUGUUCUGUACAGUGUUUAAUAAAUAUUUUGGGACUUGUAUUUUCUUAUUACCAAAUCAUUUCAUUUGUUUCCUACUUUGUAUUUAAAGUCAAAAUAUGACAAUUUAUAGCACUUUUUUUGUUUGUUAUGACAAAUGUGUCUUUAGUUAAGCAUGCAUGCAAUAUGGAAGAACAAUGCUAUCAUUUGUUAUUAUUACAAAUAAUUGGACAUUCCUGCAGAGCCUGUUAUUCUUAUAAGAAGCAAUGUUUUUUUGUCUCAUGAAAAGAUUUACAGUAUUUUGGCAAUAAACAUAUACUUGUUAUUCUGACAAAAAAAAAAAAUUCUCCUGGCAUUAAUGAUAUAUUUCAUUCUCUUGUGCAGGUAUCAGAUUUGUAUUUGUUUGGAAAAAAAACUUUGUAAGUGGAAGUUAUUUUAUAACGGUGAUUAAGUCAGCAGCAUUAUAAUAUUGUCUCCGCAAAAUAAACCAAAGGUUAAAAAAAACUAUCUGUUCUGCUCAUAAUAUUGUUCUGCCAUAAAUUCUACACACCAAUAAAAAAAAUUAAUCUACUGUA